CUCGGUUUUAUUCGUCCGAGUGUCUCGCCGUGGGGUACGUCCGUCCUAUUCGUGAAAAAGAAAGACGGAUCUAUGCGCAUGUGCAUUGACUAUCGGGAGUUGAAUGCCCUUACAGUCAAGAACAAAUACCCCGUUCCCCGUAUUGAGGACCUUUUCGACCAGCUGAGAGGAGCCAGCGUAUUCUCAAAGAUUGAUUUACGAUCUGGCUAUCAUCAGCUGAAGAUCCGGGAGUCAGAUAUUUCCAAGACUGCUUUCCGUACCCGCUAUGGCCACUAUGAGUUCGUAGUCAUGCCUUUCGGACUCAGUAAUGCCCCAGCCGUUUUCAUGAACCUUAUGAAUAGGGUCUUUCAUUCUUUCUUGGACCAGUUCGUCAUUGUGUUCAUCGACGAUAUUCUGGUCUAUUCUCGAAAUAUCGAUCAACACAAGGAGCAUUUGAGGAUUGUGCUGGAGACUCUUCGUCGUGAGAAGUUGUAUGCUAAGUUCUCGAAGUGCGAGUUCUGGCUGAACCGUGUGGCAUUCCUUGGCCAUAUUGUGACAGCACGAGGCAUUGAGGUGGAUCUCAGCAAGAUUGAGGCAGUGAGCAAGUGGGAUACACCAAGAAGUGCCGCUGAUGUUCGUAGUUUCCUGGGGUUAGCAGGAUACUACAGGAGGUUUAUCGAGGGCUUCUCGAAGAUAGCCCAGCCACUAACCAACCUUACGAAGAAGGCCGUGAGGUUUGUUUGGAGUCCUCAGUGCGAGGAGAGUUUCCAGGAGUUGAAGAGGAGACUCACUACGCGCCUGUCCUAUCCAUACCCGACCCUACUUUGGAGUUCACCAUCUAUA